GUACGCACAUGCGUGGUCCUGCGUUUCCUGUUUGUGUUUCCGGGCUGUUAAUAAAGAGAAGACGGCGGCUCCUCUUGUCUGCAGCAGCACCGUUAAGAGCAACAUGUCUCCAGCGCUCUUUCUGCGUCUGCGUAUAUUCGUGAAGGCGGAUUUAUAUUCGCGCGGCGUCUGCGUCACCGCCGCAGCGCCGGCGUAGCUCCGCAGAGGAUCGACGCGCACCUCUUUCAGACCUGACGUGCACGCCUGCUACGCAGACGUUCAGGCGGAAAUACUCCGUUGUGAUUGGUCAGUUUGGGAUCACGUUUUUGGAUUUCUAGAUCUUCUUACUGAAUUUGUGUAGUAGCCGCCAUUUUUAAAAACAACAGUAAUGGAUCAACUCGACAAGAGGCUGAUCGAGGAGGUUCGAAAAUAUUGCAAUCUUUAUGAUGCCACCUCCAGGAACUAUAAAGACGCUCAAAUGAGCUCGAAGUCAUGGAAGGAGAUAGCUGAUGUUGUUGGUUUGGAGGUUCCAGAAUGCAUGAAGCGAUGGAAAAACCUCCGCGACAAAUACGUGCGGGUUAAACGGAAAAUGUCUGGGAGAAAUGGGGAGGCUGGCGGACAGAAGACUCCGGCUUUUUUUAUUUUAUUAUCCUGGCUAGCUCCACACAUACGCCACAGGGAGACGCAGUCCAACCUCGACAAAGAAAAUAAUCCAACAUCCGAAUCACCGACUCCCACAUCCGCUUCUGAGUCAUUCCUGUCGCUGUCUGCCUCCAACGCUACAUCCUCACCCAAAGAAGAGGAAGAGGACUUUCCAUCUUCACCCGAAUGUCCUGCUCCACUGUCAGCACCAAAAACUCAAACGAGCUCUUCGCCAUCAGUGUUGGUCUCUGCUUCACCCACAGCACGCUCUUUGACGAAGAGGAGAAGGAGAAACGGCGACGAGUGGGUGAAGGAGCAGCUGCAGCUCGCUACUGAGAGGAGGAUUGCAGCAGAGGAGCGGCUGCUGGCUGCUUUGGAUGAGGAGGGACGGUUCUGCAGCCACCUGGCAGAUGUACUGCGAAAAAUUCCAGAGGAAACAAAAACCAAACGGUCCCUCGCCACAACGCGGUUCAUCUUCUGCGGUCUCUCUGUUUUGCAGAUUUUUUUGUAUGCAGCACUGCAUAUUUAAGUUUGUGUAAAUCCUAUUUCAACCAUUCUAUGUCCAAAUUUUACUGUAGGAAUCAGCCCGCUGUGCUUUGUUUCUUGAUUGACUAAAGGACUUUGUCCAGACUCCGUCUACUUCGUGUCCUGCUGUCUUUUUCUGGAAAAGACAGCAACAGCCGGGCCUUGUGUGGAAAAACGACGUUACAGACGGGGGGGCGCAGCGUCAGCAGGGAAGCUAAUAUAUUUUACAGGGUGAGUAAUUAUUAAGAAAUUCACAUUGUUAAAUAUAUGUAGGUUUUUGAGUGUAUAACGUGUGUGAGAAUGUUGAAAAUGUUCAUUAAAGUUUGGGAAAGGAGGGAUAAUUAGCAUUUGAAUUGUGAAAAAUGAAUAAGGUCAUUUUGCGGAUUUGAUUUAUGUUUUCAGAACGUAACUAAACGAGGGACCGCUGUACAUAGUUUAUUUGCACAGUACGCCGGCUUGUUAGCACCCAUUUGUU